AUGCAAAUGUUAGUUUACAAUGCUAUAACUUACAAAAAGACUAAAACAAACCAAGAAAAAAAUAUUGAAUCAAAUAAUAUACCAUUGUUGCUUAAUGUUGAAGCAUCAAAUAAUGUAUCAUUACUUAAUAUUUCAAUAUUAAGUAAUCUAUCAUUACUUGAUAUUGAAACAUUAUAUAAUAGUAGAUUACUUAAUGUUAAAACAUUGUAUAAUAUACCAUUACUCAAUGUUGAAACAUCAAGUAAUCUACCAUUACUUGAUAUUGAAACAUCAAGUAAUCUACCAUUACUUGAUGUUGAAAUAUUGAGUAAUUUACUAUUAUUCGAUGUUAAAACAUCAAGUAAUUUACCAUUACUCGAUGUUGAAACUUCAUGUAAUAUAUCAUUAUUACUUGAUAAUAAAACAUUAACAAAUAAUACAUCACUAGUGCAACAGCCUCAAACAACUACUAAGGCAGAAUAUAUAUUAGAACAGUCAACAAAUCACAAUGCUAUAGCAGAAGAUGCAUUAGUUGCAACAAGAAUGAACCUUGGCUCUAGAGGAUCACAGCUGAAGAUGCAUAAUAAAUUAAAAGAAGAACUAAAAGGCAUAAAGAAAGUGCUUGAAGAGUAUAACCUUUGGCUAACAGAAGGUGUUCAUUUAAGAUAUAAGCAGUGUUCUAAAAAAAAAGAUAAUAGCUCAGAAAGAUUAAAUUGUUGUGCCCCAAAAAUAAUAGAAUUACAGCCUGAUUUUUGUGAGCAAAAGUUACUAUUAGAGGAAGCACUUGUUAAUGUAGAGCAUAUAUUUGAAAAAUACCCUAAAUAUUAUUAUGAGUGUAAUUUUAUAGAAAGAUAUUGGGGCUUUAUAAAACAGAAAACUAGAAAAUCUUGCAUUUAUAAUUACAAUGACUUAUUAAAAAGAAUUCCUAAUGCUCUUACAAAUGUUUUUCUAACAAAAAUUUGCAGAUUUGCUUAUAAGUUAUGA